GGGGCUAAAGGGGAGGGAGUCUCAGAGAGGUGGGGAGCAAGAGGUGGUGAAAGAGAGACAGAGAGAGGGAGGGAGAGAGAGUGAGAGAGCGGGGGAGAGGGACUGUAUAAGGAAAACAGUUUUCAGCGCUCUGCAGCCUCUGACAAGACACCAUUAGCAGCAGGAUGCUAAUGCUGGACGGUAUGCCUGCAGUCAAAACAGAACCACUGGAGUCUCAACAAAGGCCCCCAAAAGUCCAUGACUACUCAAACAUGGAUAUUCCGCUCCUGUUAAGGAAAGGGAGACCGGAGUUUUCACGGCGCCAGCUCCCUGACCAGUUUCACACACAGACCGAGCCCGUGGACUUGUCAAUCAACAAAGGCCGACUCUCCCCUCACCUCGCUGGGGUGUCACCUCGGUCCUCUCCGGCGAUGCCUGCCUUCUCUCCCUCCCCCACUUCAUCCUGUCCCCCCACGAUCAUCACUUCUAUCUCGUCAGCCCCGCCCUCAGGGAUCUCCCCCGUGUUGACACCGGGUGCUCUGCUGCCCCCCUCCCCUGGCAUCAGGGGCCAGUCGUUUUUGCACAUCAUCCACCCCGUGUCCCCUUCCAGCCCCAUGACCCUCCACAGCAGCAAGCUCCCCAGCCGCGCACAUCACAUUCCCGUGGUGGUGCGGGCCGCGCCCAUGAUGUACGCGGACAUGCACUCGCCCCGGAGCCGCACCUCCACCAUGAUGCUACCUCUGCUGGAGAAACGAAGGACUCAGGGCAAGGCGCUAUCUAACCCUAAUGGCUUGUUGAGGGAAAUCAAGAACGACAGCGACGAUGACGACCUGCCAAACGUGACGCUGGACAGCGUGAACGAGACAGGAUCCACUGCGCUGUCCAUAGCCAGGGCUGUGCAGGAUUCCAUGUCUCCAUUCAGUAUUGAGAGCAUGUCGCGCCCACGGAGGUCCGAGUCUCCAGACCCCAAAAAGAGACGCAUCCACAGGUGUGACUUUGACGGCUGCAAUAAGGUUUACACAAAGAGCUCCCAUCUGAAAGCGCACCGGAGGACACACACGGGUGAGAAGCCGUACAAAUGCACGUGGGACGGCUGCACAUGGAAGUUUGCUCGCUCCGACGAGCUGACGCGCCACUACCGCAAGCACACAGGCGUCAAGCCGUUCAAAUGCAUGGACUGCGAGCGCAGCUUUUCCCGCUCAGACCACCUGGCGCUGCACCGCCGCCGCCACAUGCUGGUGUGAGGGUUGGCCGGAGAGGCGUGCGGAGGAGCGGGCUCUCUUCCGCCUGGCGCUCAGCUGGUCUGAAGCACCGUGGUAACUGCCCCUCCUAUGCCAUGGCAGGAUGGGAAAGCCCGGCAUCCUGGGAUGAAACAGGGUUCGGCUCCACAAAUGGGAAGGAAUGUCUCCCCCCGCCACAGUAUUUGACACCCAAAACUGUUUCCUUUUGAACAUACAGGAAUAACGUUCAGCGACAGUACAUUUUCUUUAAUCGUCAAUUUUGUUCAGUUUCGGCCUCCUGCUCUUUUCAGCACUUGUGAAACACCAGUGAAGGUGGGCAUUGGAUCCAGAAGGGGCAUUUUGCCCUGGCUGCCACAGGAGACUCGACGCUGACCCACACCCUCAGUCAGGGCCCACCCAACCUUUUUUUUCAUGGCCCUAAGCAAGAUUUGAUUAACCUAGUUGUCAUUUGUCAUCUUUCUUCCCGUUCUGACGGGUGGGUCAGACGGUGGCCCCCUGGUUCGCUUGCACCUUGGACUGGCCCUGCCCUCAGUGAGCAGUAUUGUUGCCCAGGAAUCUGAUGUCUCCCUUUUACUCCACGGCAGGAGCCAGGAAGCCAAAAGGGAUCAAUAAUCGAUGCAUGAGUCCCAGAUCGCAAAGACCAAAAAUGGAUGGUAAUCGGCUGAUGAGACUGGGGUAGACACACAGCUCACGCUUCUCACUUCAGUGUUUCAGCCGAUAAAGCAGAGAGACUUUUCUUUUGUAAUCCUAAAACCUAUGUUCCUGACAAUCUAUACAUCAGUUAGGAUACCGCCAGUUACUGACCACCCAUAUCAUGUCAGGAUUUAAGGAAAGCCUACUUCUUCUGGAGUUAUUUAGAUUAAUGUCAUUAGUGCAUUCUGUGCUGUGAUUAGCGGUCGUGCAAUCUGAUUAAGUAAAUAGUUCUUAAAUAUUAAGCAUCUAUUGUUUCAUUUGUUUUAAUUCUGAUAUAAUAUUGAAAAGAAAGUCCCGUACAGAACAUAUGUUAUUUUAUAAAAUGUGAACAUAAUUGUGAAACCAGUAUAUAUUGUUUUAGUCUUAAGCACCUUAAAAAAAAAAAGAAAAUCAAAAUCCCACAAUUUAUUCAGAAAAUAAAACAUGCUAUUCGUGUGAGUAAAAGGGAAUGCCAUUUCUGUUCGUGUAUCCAAUAAGUAAUUACUAAAUAACAGUAAUUAAGAAUGCAGGCCAACUAACCAGGAUAUAAAUUUUGCUGAUUCUACACUGUUAGGGAUGCACCGAUACCAUUAUUUUCAGAGCGAAUACGAGUACUGAUACCGAUAACAAUUAGGGAUGUACCAUGUCUAAGAAUAAUAUUCAGUAUUAUAACUUAAAGUAUUGGGAUAAGCGAUAAUACACCCAAAAACAACUGAACAAAACAAUGCAGGCCUACAGAUAACAGGCCAAACAGCUGGCGUUAAGAUUUGACACCAGGGUAGGGGGGACUGAUCAUAUCAGGGCUGAACAAUGGUUUUUAGUCUCUGCGGAAAGCGUUGGAUAGAUGGGUUAAAUAUGAUUUAAAAACAUCACUUUAAAGCCUUACGCUUACACACUGUUCGGAUCUUUCAAGCCGUGGUUCACAAACUUUUUACACCGUAUACCACAUCACAAAGUAUUACUCUCCCCACCUAUGACCAUUAUGACAUUGUGCCUGACCGAUACGGUGUAAGAGUUUCUGUAAUUUUCACUGCACGGGGGUUAUCGUUUGACAUUUUCUAUCUCUGUGCAAGAGAUUUACUGCACAUUUGGUCGCAGAGUUGCUGCUGAGGGAAAUUUCGUCAUACUUUUUCUAAUAUUAAUUUUUUAAUGUUUAUUUAGAUUAGACCUACCGAUGUUGUAUGAACCUGAUUUCGUACCUCUUCUUGAUAGCUUAGUAUUGCGGUUCGCAGUCCGCCAUGCUUUUGAUUUUAUUAACGUUGAAGUUUUUCCAGACUACAGAUAUCUUGUACCGUGUAUUUUGCUCACUAAACAUAUUGCUCAUAGUCAUUUUGUAUUAUCGGUUAAAGGGAUUGUCAACGACAUGAGCGUGGUAUCGGACCCAGUACAGGUCCUAAUACAGCGGCACCUCGGUUCUCGAACUUAAUCUGUUCCAGAUGGCGGUUGGAGAGCUGAGAACCAUUUGGUUGAUGAUUUUUCCCAUAAGAAAUAAUGUAAAUUGGAUUAGUUCAUUCCAGGCCCCCAAACGAUUACCUAUUUAAACCUGUAAAAUACAUCUUAAUUCUAAAACGAUAAAAAAAACAUCAAAACCUAUAAAUACAUGGAAUAAAUGGAAAAAUAAUUACGCCAUUCCAUACUAUAUAGCGAGAUCAGACACGCGAACAUCUUUAUUAUACCUGGCAAUUAUUUCCUAUUUAACCUCUAUCAUUUUUAGCAAACUAAAAACCUUGCUUUUUAGUUUGCUGCUAUCACUAACCUUCUUAGGACCAUGGCGGCUUAUUUCAAAAGACAGUAAAAGUAAAACAAAACACGAGAAUAUUCACAGCACAGUUCGGCGGAGAUAGUUACGUUAGUGAUUGACUGACUCCUACGCACGCAUUCUUUCCUUUGUUUAUGUGCGGAAAGACGUGUGCUUUGUCAGACGGGUUUUAGCGGGAACGGGUCGGUUGAUUGAGAACUGAAAAUCCGUUCGACAAACGAGACAUUUUUUCACCCAACAAUAUGCCCGAGAACCGAAUUGUACGAUAUUUGAAACAUUCGAGAACCGAGGUUCCACUGUAUAGGUAAAGGUGCAUCCCUGCUUUCUACUGAAGCCUGCAUCUUCUCAAAACAAAAAACAGUUCAAAUUAUCAUUAGUUGCACUUGGUUUACGUUGGCCCUAUCAAUUUGGCGAACUAGUGAAGCACCCAAAAUGCUUGACUGGGUUAACAAAAGCCAGUUUGCCCUAAAUAUAAACAGACAAAUCUCAGUAUCCUGAUGAUCACAUUAAGCAUAAAGAUUGUGCUUUAAUGUUCAUGCUAACGCUUUUGAAUUUUAUCAGUAAAGCACAAUUACCCAUAGUUCAUAAUACCUAACAUCAAACAUGAAGUCUAAUAUGACGUCAUCUGUGGGUUAUUUAUGUUUCACUGAUGUUAGCCUACAUCAGUACAUCUGAUUUUAGUACUAUCUCUGCCUCUGUUUCAGCUUCACUGUCUAUCUUUGCUCUCGGUUUCUCAAAAUACGUACGAUUUAAGUGUGAAAAUAUGUCACGGAUGAGCAAUACGUGUAGAGUCCCGAACAGCCGUCCCCUGGCAAGGACAAGGCAGACCCGAUGUGUCAAACAUGUCAAAUAUCUGCCCUUCUCCAUAUACACAGUGCCAAUGCCGCAUACUUGGAAAGGACUACUUUACACUCUGUAUAGUUGUGGAAUCAAUGCUAGUGGGAAUGAUGUAAUGGCAGAAUGGAAACCAAGGAGAUCCUGGGUCACAAUCUCAGUAUCACUUUCAUGACGUGUUACAGUUAUGAGUAAGGAUUGUCCUUUAAGCUGAGCUGUGAUUUACAUAUCAGGAAUGCAUUUAUAGUAUUGUUUAAAGUAUGUAUAUUAUAGAGUAAGACCAAAUGUUUCUUACCUUUUCUCAUGCCUUGGUAUUGUAUUGGAGUGCACAUGGAAUUAGAUUUAUUGUUAUUGUUACAGUGGUUAGUCAACAUUUGCGUUUUUGAUUUUGUAUUAAGUAUUAUAAAAGCAGAGUUAAUGUAAAUGAUAAAAGUUAAAUUAUAUACAGUUUGAACUGUCAGCAUACUUUUCUGUAAUGUACAUUCAUACUAUUCUGGGAACUUAAUUUCUGCAAAUUGUUUUUUUUUUCUGCAGCAGCAUAAAAGGUGUUUUGAAACUA